AAUGGGGCGGGCUGAGGCAAAGAGAUCAGUCACUUCAGUCCCGCAGUGCAUACAACUUUUCUCCUCAGGAUUCACAACAACUGCUUGUGUGUGAUUGGGGAAAAAAAAAAAAAAAAAUAAGGAUUACUAUCAUCAACCAAUCUCACUGAAGGAACAGACACAAGUGAAAAAUGGAAGAUUUCUAUUAUCACGAAGAGGAAGAAUCCAGCUUAAAUGACAGUUACGAUUACAGUUACGAACACAGUGUCUGUGACAAAGAGGCAGUGCGCUCUUUUGCCAGUGUCUUCCUCCCAGUAAUCUAUACCCUGGCUCUGGUGGUUGGUCUGGCUGGGAAUGCCCUGGUAGUGGUGGUCUACACAUCACGGAUGCGACUACGAACCCUGACAGAUGUGUGCAUCCUAAACCUUGCCAUUUCAGACCUCUUGCUUCUCUUCACCCUGCCCUUCUGGGCAGCUGAUGCUGUCCAUGGCUGGAAGUUGGGUACGGCAGCCUGCAAGCUCACCUCCUUCCUCUACAGUACCAACUUCAGCUGUGGCAUGCUGCUGCUGGCGUGUAUCAGUGUGGAUCGCUACCGUGCUGUAGCCCAAAAUCCAACAGGCAGGACUGGGACAGGUUCCCGGGUAAGGAGACAAUGGCUCCUGGUGUGUCUGGUUUUGUGGGCUGUAGCCAGCUUCCUGGGCCUUCCCGAACUUAUCUUCUCCACAGUGAAACACUCCCAUACCAGGGUGGCCUGUACUGCCGUCUACCCACACAGCAUGGCUCGACCUGCAAAGGCUGCCCUGGAGCUGCUGGAAGUCACUCUUAGAUUCUUGGUACCUUUCUUGGUCAUGGUCGUGUGCUACUGCUGGGUAGGGCGGGCGCUGAGCCAGGCAGCUGGGGUGCGAAGAGACCGGAAAUGGCGAACCCUGCGAGUCCUUCUGGCUGUGGUGGCCAUAUUCCUGCUCACCCAGCUGCCCUACAAUGUGGUCAAGCUGUGCCGAGCGAUGGAUGUUAUCUACAUCCUUGUUACCGACUGCGAUGUCAGCAAGGGCCUGGAUCAUGCUCUUCAAGUGACAGAGAGCCUUGCACUGACCCACGCUUGCAUUAACCCUGUCCUCUAUGCCUUCAUUGGAUCCUCCUUCAGGGGACAUGUCCUCAAGACUGCCAAGCGCCUUGGACAGCGACUCAAGAGACACCCAAGACACGUCAAUGAGGAGCCGGCAGUGGAGAUUUCACUCAACACAUGCACUCAAACGCAAUCCCAGUCUGGUUCAGAAGACCAAGACACAAGCACCUUCACUAUUUAAGCCUCAAAACACAUUUAUUUUCUCAUAAGCACCUGUACAAAAUUGUAUGUCUAUGUAUAUAUAUAUAUAUAUAUAUAUUUACACAUCUUUAUUAUCAUCCACGCUAUGUCAAUAACCAUAAUUAUAAAUUUUUAGUGUAACAAACAUACACUGUAUAUGUAAAGUGAGUCUAUAUGCACUAAACAAAGUAUUUUGUAUAAAUGAUUUUCAGACAGACAGACAGACAGACAGACAUGCUACUCUGGUUCCUCACGACAAGUCCAAUUCAACAUUACAGUCUACGCUGCCUCCAUGAGAUCAUCUGCAUCUCAUUUUAUUACAUCCUGUGGCUUUGGGUUGGGUUGAGGGGUUGUUUGAUUGCACAGCGGAUGACACAUUGAGAAAAGAAACAUUUGGCAGAUGAAGACAGAACAGCAAGGACUCCUCCAUGCUAUCAAACCAAUGCACAGUGCUGUGUUUCGUGAAGGAGCUUUAAGCAUUAAUGGUGUUUUUAAUCAAAUCAACCAUAUCUCUUUUUUUAUUUCAAUAAUAUGACCUUGAAAGAGCAAACGUUUUGUAGUGGAGUGCAAUCCAUAGAUUUAUAUAAUGACAUAACAUUUCAAAUGGAAUAUAAGUGCUCUCUCCAGACUACUAAAACUGGUGACUUUCAUCCUUUCCCCUUUGAAGUUACUCAAUGCCAUCAUAUAACAUUAUGCUCAAACUAACCCUAAUAUCAAAUGUAGGCUUAGGGUGUUGGAUGGCCACAGUUCAAAGAGUUGAUGGUGCAAUAUUCAAACUUGUUUACACUAGUAUGGCUAGUUUCCUGACCAUGUUUUAAAACCUCUAACCAUAACACAAUGUCAUUGUUUACCAUUCUUUCCAUUUGCUUUCAGCUUUGGACAAAUGCAUGAUGUAAUGAAUGUAAUUUGCUGUACCUGUUAGUCAGCCUAUUUCCCCCCAUAAUACCUUACAGUUCGGAUAUGUGGGAGCUGGAUACUGUUCAUACUAGGCGUGUCUGAGCAGAGACACAAAAAUUAGGUUACACUUUCAACAGUCUCUAAGUAGAGGAGUGACUGGUAACCUUGGUAAUGCAUGCAAGUUGCAUGUCACAAGACUACUGGGAUAAACAAGGAAGUUAUAAAUCUUGUGUGACCUCACUUAGUUACAUAUCAACAAGCAUUUCAUUGGAAUUCAUUAUGUUCUAGCCCAGAUGUACAUUGGCUUUUUUCUCAAACAGGAAAUGAUAAAGUAAGUAUUGGCAGGCAGUACAUGUCUCACCAUUAAACUAUAACAUCAAAUGAUGAUUAUUUUACUUAAUGAUCUUAAGUUGCCCUAAAGAAAGCCAAAAUUAUUAAGAUGAUUCCAUUUCACAAACAACUACUAAUAAUGUUAUACAUGUGUACAUUAUCUGUGCUUUUAUGUGUAUUUGGAAAUACACAUUCCUAUAGCUUAAAGAGAAAAGACUGAAGGUCUGGGAAUAAUUUCAAUACAUUUUCAAGCCUAUUCGGCAGUCUUAUAGCUUCCACACCACAGAGGUGCACUAACAACAUCUGUAAACCCUCCAGUCUCACUGCUCAGAGUUUGCCACAAACAACUUUAGAGAAAAGGGGAAAACAAUGAAGAAAACUGUAUCAUUUCAGGUUAUAGGCAACAUUUACCCAAGUGGAUAGGACUAUAUUUCCAGUAAGUUUAAUUCGAUACCAAGUAGCAGUCAUUCCAAAGAAAGCUACUACAAUGUAAUGUGGGAACUGUUGUGUAAUUAUGAUAAUGGCAUACAGCAUAAAAACCAAAGAUGAGAAUUCUUCACUUUCCGUUUCUCUUUGGGAAAAACUUUAUAAACAAAUUCUCCUUUAGGGGAAUCGUGAGGGCUGCCAAAUCCCUUGGACAGCUGCUGGGAAACACCAGUAACACGUCAAGGAGCUGGCAGUGGGCGCUACAUUUUGAUACUUGGAAAGAACGAGUUACCAUAGCAAAACAUUUUCCUUUAACGUAAUUUCAAUUAAAAAAAACUAAAGAAAAAACA